CCCGUCAACAUGAAUCGCACGCCCCGGCAACGUGCGCCCCCAUCUGCAAACACCAAGCAACGUGCUUCGCGAUUGUCGCUCGUCUUUUUAAGUUUCGGCUGCGUGUUGUUUUCCGAAAUCCCCUUUGUCACCCUCGAGCGUCUGUCGCCCACGUGCCGCUUGCGCCAAAACAGAACCAGCAGCAGCAGCCUUGCCGCCGUCCAGGUCUCUCUACCUUAGGUUUCCAUCUUUCCAGCUUACCUACCUAACAGGCCACCAACCGUCCUGCACUGCGGGCACCUAAUAAGGGAAAUCUGGAACCAACCUGCCCGAGUCUCUCUGCCGCGCCUCGAGCUGGAGCUGGAACAACCCUACUGGAAAGCCCCCGCCCUCCUCCUCCUCCUCCUCCUCCUCCCUCCUCGGCGCCGCGCGGUGGCUCUUUCAGCCGGGACUCGGACUGCGCAGCUGCUCGUCUUACCUUACUAACGUCAACCUAAACCUCCUCCGCGUCGCUCAAGAGCCGCAAUCCGCCUCUCCCGCCGUCCUCUCUCGCCCCAGCUUGCUCACGCACCGCCCCGGCGAGCUUGCAUCCCGGCGCUCCACUUGCACGGAAAGCCUGACAUCCGUCCGAGGACGCCUCCCGACCAUCGCUUACGCGACCCUCGCUCACCAGCUGCCUCCGGUCCUGCGGAUGCGACCAACACCCCCGCCGCGCGCAACCACCGCUGCUGUCAGGAACAUCCAUUCGCGACGCUGACAUCGACCUUCCGUGCGAGGACUCUUUGUACGGCUACGACGGCGGCUACAUUCCCUCCGCACUCGGCGCGUGCCCUAUCCUGCUUCUAUCCCCUCCGUCUGACCGACGACGACAACGGCGACGAUACCUACGCCUCAUUGCGUACGUACCACAUCGGCGACCAUCCACGCCACCCUGCCCUUGUCCCCCCGCCGCAUGCCCACGGCAUCACGCUACAUGACGAUAUCGCCAAUUCCCACCGCCCGCUUGACGACGACGACGACGACGACGACGACGACGACCGCAGCACCUCUUGCCGGCGCACUCCGACGCCCCUAUAAUACAUCCUCGCCCCCAGCCGCUGCCGUAAUCGUCGGCGAGCCCGCGCUGGCGGAAACCACGACGUCAUCAUGGCCUCCGCGCCAGCCAGCGUGAGGGUCUCGGGCCCUCCAAACAGUAGCUUCCUCGUCGGCUACCCUGGCAUCUCGGCGACGUUGCCGCGCAUCGAGGGCAAGGUUGAGAUACGCCCCGGCCAGGGCUUCUCCAUGCCGGUCCCCGUAUCAUUAGUGCGAAUAUGCUUACAACGGCGCGAGACGAUACAUCCGGAUGCGGACAGCCUCACCAAGAGGCAUCUCGGCGCUCCCCGACGAGAGGCGACUGACGUGGUGGGCAAGGAGGUUUUGCUCUUCCGGUGCUCCACGGGAAAGGAGGCCGAGAGCGUAAUUGCCAUGGACCUACCGUUCGUGCUCUUCAUUCCCUUUGGCAGAGGAGGCGAAGAGACCAACCGCCGAAUACCUCCGGCCUCAUUACAACUUCCGAGCCGGACCGCCGAAACAUACUACGAGCUUGUUGUCACGCUACAGCAGGGCCACAGCAACCAGUACAAAUACAGCUUCCCCGUGCCCCUGCAGCGCUACGACACCCUGUCAACGUUUGGCAUGUAUAACAAGCCCGAGACGAAGCUGGUCACCACCGACAACGUUGUCCACCUCGGAAUCAACCUUCCGCGGUGGAGCUUUGGGCCCAGCGACCCCAUUACUGUAUACAUCAAGCUGUCCCCAAAUGUUGACUGGAUGAGCAAGGCCAAGCGAGUAACAAUCGAGAAGAUUACUCUGACAAUCGAGGAAGAAAUCACAUUCAAUCCCGAAGGCGACGAGCCCACAAAGAAAGUCAACAAGCUAUCAAAGCAGGUACAGGCUGUCAAGAUGAAGAUGCCUGAGGCCGGGUACGCCACCAACAUUGGCUUGGUGUUCCCAUCCAAAGACCUCCGAGAUCCAGACGGCAUCGUCAAGAGGGGCAAGCCGGGUUUUCCUCAAUACGAGGUCGCCACGUUUACCACCACGUCAAGUCUGUACAAGAUUGAGUUUUACGUCAAUAUCAAGGUGCAACUAAGUGGCGCUCGAGAUGUGACCCUGCGGCAGCCCAUUGUUAUCUGUCCGUUGGACCAACAAGGGUGCAAAGAGGAGAUGGAAGCCAUCGAGCAGGCUGCCAAGGACGCGGCGCUCGUCGACGCAAACAACCCCAUGCUACCGGCCCGAAACAUAAUUCUAGCCAGCGAUCGAGAUUCAUUACGCGCCCUGGGGUUGUGCAUGGUUGGCGGGCAGAAGAAGCCCUUUAUUGAUUGAAGAGUUGAGCGUGGACGGCGGCGGCGGCACAACGACCGAGCACAAAGCGGCUGGGCUACGUGGACGUGUACAUGGCGGACGGCGCUCUAUACCCUUACGAGGCGUUUGAAGCCCUGGUUGGGCAAGCACUGGAGGAGGACAUUUCGUCGACUAUAUUCUGCCGAGGUAUACUCGGGGCGUUUGGAAAGGCGGAGUUGGCGAUUGCAGGUUCGAUGGCUUCUCCCGCCGCUUAUAGAGCGGGUACGGCGGGCAUGAUUGGAAUGGAUAUACCGAAUUCAUGUCUCUAGGCGGCCUGGAGCCAUACGAAUAUGCUGAUGAGCUACGCGAGCAUAUCUCGUGGAGGAUCUAUUGACAUCGACCCAACGCUGGUGCGGAACAUGUGAUGAACCAUGUUCGAGGAAUGAACGAUGCAGGUGCAGGUGUCGUAGUUUGAGUUGAAGCUGGCAGGCAGACCAAAAAAACCAAAG